AUGGUGCAAGGUUCCCCCCUGCCUGUUGAGGACCCAGAAGCUCCUUGCCAGGCCCGGAGAUGGCACCAUUUCGACGAAUCGACCUGCCAAUGGGCCAGGGUCGAGCCGGGGUACUCUAGCGUCCAGGACGCCCCGCCGAGUCGAGCUCGCGAGCUGGCUCUCUACACCUGGAACGUGGAUGCGGGCGCCGAGUCCCCGCGCUUCCGCAUCCGCUCCAUCAUCUCACACAUCCUCACCUCCUCCCCUCACCAGACACGGGGUUGGGUCUUGAGCGAGGGUGACACUGCCACCUGGCAAAAUGCGCACUUUUCAACUGUCACCCUCCUCUCCAGAAGCCGAUUUGGCCUUCCACAAGCGUCCCAUCCCGGCGGCGCCACCCUCGGUCCCGUCUGGCGAGUCAGGUACCCCAGUCGCUUCGGGCGUGAUGCCCUGUGCUGCGACGUAUUUCUACCCUCCGGGUCCUCCGACCCCGCGGAGCCCCAGAUUCGGGUCCGCCUGGUCAACGUCCACCUAGACUCCCUCGCCAUACGCCCGUCCCAACGUCCCAGGCAGAUCCAAACCGUCGCCGCCUACCUUCAGAACGCCGGUCAUGGACUUGUAGCCGGCGACUUUAACCCCGUGCUUGACGAGGAUGCCACCCUCGUGGCCGACAACGGUCUUGUCGACGCCUGGCUUGAGCUCCGCUCGAACGAGCCCGGCUUCACGUGGGGAAUUGACGGGAAGCAGCGCUUCCCGCCGGGCCGGCUAGACAAAGUUGCCACUUUGGGACUGGAACCGGUGUCCAUCGAGGUGAUGGAGCCGAGUGUGCUUAGUUAUUCCGCUUUGGCACUGGACCCAGGCGAACCCUUGGACGGGGCUGAGCCGGUUGGCUAUGACGACGACUUUCGAGGCGGGGUCCCUUGGAGUGAUCACUGUGGUCUCAAGUGUGUCGUUCGUGUUAGGCCCAGCUGA